GCUUGCUGGACACAAGUUCAUUUCUCAUGCCAUGAUCCGCCUUAGGCUAGGUGAACAGCAGACGAGCUAAGGAUCCUAGUUCGCGCCCAAUUCUGGCUGCUUGAGGUCUGCUCUUUUCCACAGCGGCUGGCUAACUGCAGCCAGCUUCUUUGCUGGUUGAGGAGGACCUCAGGAUCUUUCAACUUAUCUAGAAUUAGUGUGACGCUGAGGGAAAAGCAUGCAAGCGCCAAUCUCUGCAUUGAGAGCUUUACGUAGGAAGUACCAAAAUGCUGUAAGGGCAGUUGAUGACAGCUUUCAAGCCACAAAGAAUCUGUUUGAGAAACACAAUGUGGUCUUCACUGUUGCCGGUGGUCUGCUGUCCGCAGGGGCAGCCUGGGCUGGCUACACUGCCAGACAGGUACAUCAAAAGAAGUUGGAAGAGAAGCUGCAGAAGAUUGAGGAGCAUAUGACCAACGUCUACUCCUUGGAAGAGCAGCAGGUUAAAGCGCUUACAACAGCAGCCACCAGAACAGGAGUGUCCUACAAGACUUUCUUGGCAACAUCGUCCACUGCUCUGAUAGUCGGGUAUGCACUUGGUUUUCGAGGUGGUCGGCGCUUCGUGAUCCGACGCAUCCCACCCGACUUGCUCCGAGCAGCCAAGAAGCAGAAGAGUGGCAAGCAGACUGGGCUGGCGCGCCUCCUUCCAGGCAGGCUGGGGACAACUAACGAAAGUUCAGGAGCAACCCCGUCACACAGUGACGCACCCGCUUCUGCCUGGCGCCCGAGCACGGAGCCCCUUUCUGAACGUCCGCAAGCCAAUGAGAGCAAAACCCCUGCCACCGCUGUGUUUAACGAUUCUGGAGAAGCGAUCGAACCAUCAAAACCCGGACGAGAAACGGUGGGAGAAAGUGACGACCCGCCUGCAGAAGCUCCGAGGUCGAGCGGUAGACGAGAAGAGGGGCCCGAGGCAGACAGGCGGCCUGGCGAGGAAAGUUCGAACGCUUUUCAAAGACAUGCAGCGAGAAAUCCGGACUUAGUGGAUGCCGCACUCGGUCUAACAACGUUCGAGAGGCAGGUCGAGAGAGUGAUGCGACCGGAGAGGGAAGCAAAGGCUCAGUCGCGGGAGGACUUGGAUAAAGUCUUACAAGCCACGAUACCCAACUUGCACGGAGAGUCGGAAGCAGAACGAAAAGAUAGUGCAGGGAGCGAAGUUUCGAGAUCGGAUAGUGCUCAUGUGGAGUCGACGUCGUCUUCGGGGUCUCGAGAGGGAGCAGAGCAAACGGAGCCAAGUGAUAGUCCUGACGAGCAAAAGCGGCCUUGAGGAGGGGUGUACGAGAAUCUCGAUCAGGGAACGAGCGAUAUCCCAGCUUGCGCAGGCGGCUAGAUGGCCUAGCACCCCUUGCCAUUGAUUGCGACCAACGAGCAAUUCGCAAACGGGGGACCAUAUCAUGCGCGCUACUAAGAAGCUAUGAACACGUGUAUGGGUGUCGAUUGCAAACGCCUGAGCUUGCAAUCUGGAAUGCCUUUGCAAUCACUGAACGAACG